AUGUACUCUCCACCGCCCAAAGUGCUCCUCUUCGACAUCGGCGGUGUCUGCGUCGUAUCCCCCUUCGCCGCAAUCCUCGCCUACGAACAACAAAACUCCAUCCCCAUCGGCUGGAUCAACACCGCAAUCUCCGCCUCUGGCAAAACCGGCGCAUGGGCAAAACUCGAACGCGGCCAGAUACCCCUCGAUGCCUCCUUCUUCUCCGCCUUCACUCACGAUCUCCGCGACGAAAAGCUAUGGCGAAACUUCUACAUCAAGCAUUUGCAAAAGACAAGAAAAGAGUCAGCGGCACAAGCAGCAGAGGAAGCAGCGUUUCAAGUGCCGCAACCACCGAGUAUUGACGGGGAAAAAUUGUAUUGGGAGAUGAUGACGGUGUCGAGGAAGCCUGAUCCUUGGAUGUGGCCUGCGUUGCAACAGUUGCGGAAACAUGCGAAGAGGAAGGGGUAUAUCGUUGCUGCGUUGAGCAAUACCUCUAUUUUCCCUGUCGAUCACCCUUUCAACGACCCUGAUACCCCUGAUGGGCAGUUUCACUCUCGACUACGAGGGAUCUUCGAUUUAUUCGUUAGCUCGGCACACGUGGGAAUGCGCAAACCUGAUGAGGAGAUUUACCAUUAUGCAGUUGAUGCUCUGGAUAAGUUGGCGAGAGAUGGAGGUGAUACAGAGGGGGUCGCGGCGGGGGACAUCGUCUUUUUUGAUGACAUUGGGACGAAUUUGAGGACGGCGAGACAAGUGGGUAUGAGGACUGUUAAGGUGGAGUUGGGGAUGGCGGACAAGGCUGUCGAGGAACUGGAGAGGUUGACUGGGUUGAAGUUGAAGGGUGAGGCGGCAAAGCUGUAG